UGAACGUCACGCCACAAUCUCACGACAUGUCAAAGACAACAGAGAGCUGCCGUUUGUGUUGAAAAUUGUCUCUAGCAGCGAUCAAUUAGCAUCAACAUAUUUUAAUCGUUGCUUACACUUUGCGGACUAGCAAUGCCUCACAAGUUGAGCUGUGGUUAUUUGGUAAUUGGUAUAGUGAUCCAUAUUGCCACUAUGGAGUCUGUCUUUUCUAACCAGAUGGUAUCCUGUCGCACCCAGCAAGGUGUACAUGAUCCCACAUACCUUAUACGAUUAUUGUCCUUACCAGCUAAGCGUAUUAUUACUCAUGCACUAAUACAUUACUAAACAGAUAUAAAAUCAUUUAAUCAAUGUGUGUUUUAGAUAGAAAAAUCACUCUCUACAAGAAAAAUAUUACAGUGUAUCAACUUGCUGGUUCACUUCUUUAUUUCACUCCCAAUUUUUCCGAUGUCAGCCUCAAUGAAGCACCUUCUAAGAAGUACACUUGGAUUGCCAGCAUCUAUGGAAAUGACUAUAUUUACAAGUGGCAAAAAGCCGGCGGAAGACCAGAUAAGAGAGUCUUUUAUGUUCGUUACAAAACACUUCACACAACAUGGAUAAGCGAAGCGCACGAUGGUGCUCGAGUCAAAUAUGAAGCUCGUAUAAAAAAGUCUAAGAAAUUUCUUUCAGCGACAGCAACUCUACAUAUUGGUGUUCCUCCACAAAUUUCGAGACAAUCAAACAGUUUACUAGGUUUCCCAGAGUCUUUUGUUGAAGCUUGUUUUAAUGUCACCGGAAGUCCUGAGCCUUCACUAACAAUCAGCAAAAGAGACGGAGCAGACGUUUCUAUAGCUUCUAUACUGAAGAACUGCGUUCGCUUCGGCCCUCUGAAAGUCACUGAUACGGGAAACAUCACUGUAAAUGUAAACAACUGUUACGGAAAUUCAAACGUAAAUAUUUAUCUUUACGUUUCUCAACCUAAAAUCUCUACUCCUGAAAAAUUUGAAACAAGUACUAUGACAAUAGGAGCAACAAACCAAAGUGCUGGAAAUAAAGCAGAUGACAAAACUUCAUCAAAAAUUUCAAUUUGGAGUUAUGUAGUUAUUGCUAUUUUUAGCAUCGCAGCUCUAACUGUAUUUGUUACUCUGCUUGUCUUUUGUAUUAGAAGAGCUAAGUUUCUAAGAGAGAAACGCCAAGAGUCAAGUUAUGAUCCACCCUUACAAUCACAGCCAUCAGUGUAUGAGACAGAAGUGAAUAUGACGACAGCAACAUUUAGCAAAUGCGCAACUACGCUUGGAGAGUAUGACGAGCCAGUUGUAUGCAAUAUUUCGGCUGAAGAAGUAUCGUGUGCAACCACACCAGAAAGACAAGCAGUCAAGUUUUCUUUGAGGUCUGACACCGCGAAUAAAAUUGCAGCUGACGAGACAACUGGAGGAGGUUAUGACGUACCAUGUUUUCUGGGUGUGGAUUCAACUAGACAUUUUUCUAAGUCGCAAGUUGCUGCUAACGCAAAUAACAUGCCGACUGAGGAAUAUGAUCACCUUGACCAUAAUGAUGAAAAUAGAGCAGUGACUACAGCAAUUCCUCGUUCUUCUUCCCUCACAUAUGCUACUGUCAACAAAUACUAUAAAAAUGUUAGUCAAAAUUUAUGCGCUAACACCGUUGUUUAG